UCUGCUUGUCAAAAGGCAGCCGCCGAUCCCCAGGCGCCGGGAGCGCGGAGCAGCGUGCCCACACGCAGGACCAGAGUCCUUUUGGUUGGAAGCGUCUGCGAGCCCUCACAGAAGGGCACCUCUGCGCUCGACUUCCCUUCCCUCCUGCUCCUUCAGUCCUGUGUCAGCAGAGUCCUCAGCGGCCCGCGGCCGAGACCUGGAGCCAGGCUGAUCGGGCUGAGGCCUCAGAGGGACGGGCUUGCAGAUGCCCAGGCCAGGGCCCCAGGGGGCCAUCCAGCAUGGGAUGGAGGCGAUGGCAGCCGGCGCUUCCUUACCUGACCCCGGCGACUUGGACCGGCACGUGCCCCGGAUCUGCGGUGUGUGCGGAGACCGAGCCACCGGCUUCCAUUUCAACGCUAUGACCUGCGAAGGCUGCAAAGGCUUCUUCAGACGGAGCAUGAAGCGGAAGGCACUGUUCACCUGUCCCUUCAAUGGAGACUGCCGCAUCACCAAGGACAACCGCCGCCACUGCCAGGCCUGCCGGCUCAAGCGCUGUGUGGACAUCGGCAUGAUGAAGGAGUUCAUCCUGACUGAUGAAGAGGUGCAGCGGAAGCGGGAGAUGAUCCUCAAGAGGAAGGAAGAGGAGGCCUUGAAGGACAGCCUGCGGCCGAAGCUGUCCGAGGAGCAGCAACACAUCAUCGCCAUCCUGCUGGACGCCCACCACAAGACCUAUGACCCCACCUACGCCGACUUCAGCCAGUUCCGGCCUCCGGUUCGAGAGGGUGAGAAUGAAAGGAAGCAUCCCUCAGGGCCUUGGUUGAUACACACGCCCAGCUUCUCUGGAAACUCAUCGUCCUCCUGCUCAGAUCGCUACACCUCCUCUCCAGAUACGAUGGAGCCAACCGGCUUCUCCAACCUGGAUCUGAGUGAAGAAGACUCUGAUGACCCUUCUGUGACCCUGGACCUGUCCCAGCUCUCCAUGCUGCCCCACCUGGCUGACCUGGUCAGUUACAGUAUCCAAAAGGUCAUCGGCUUUGCCAAGAUGAUCCCAGGGUUCAGAGACCUCACCCCUGAGGACCAGAUCGUGCUGCUGAAGUCAAGUGCCAUUGAGGUCAUCAUGCUGCGCUCCAACCAGUCCUUCACCAUGGACGACAUGUCCUGGACCUGCGGCAGCCCGGACUUCAAGUACCAAGUCAGUGAUGUGACCAAAGCCGGACACAGCCUGGAGCUGAUUGAGCCCCUCAUCAAGUUCCAGGUGGGGCUGAAGAAGCUGAACUUGCAUGAGGAGGAGCACGUGCUGCUCAUGGCCAUCUGCAUUGUCUCCCCAGACCGUCCCGGGGUGCAGGACGCUGCGCUGGUCGAGGCCAUCCAGGACCGCCUGUCCAACACGCUGCAGACCUACAUCCGCUGCCGCCACCCACCCCCGGGCAGCCACCUGCUCUAUGCCAAGAUGAUCCAGAAGCUAGCGGACCUGCGCAGCCUGAACGAGGAGCAUUCCAAGCAGUACCGCUCCCUCUCCUUCCAGCCCGAGUGCAGCAUGAAACUCACGCCCCUCGUGCUCGAGGUGUUUGGCAACGAGAUCUCCUGAGCAGGGCAGCCUGCCCUGGCGCCUGGGCGGGGUUGCCUCUCUGGGGCCGGGUGCCCAGCAGCUCUUCCCACCCCUUCUGGAGUUCAACCCCUCCUCUCCCACUCCCCCUCCCCGCCCAGCCCAUCCGCUCUCCUGCCCAAUCUAACACCAGGUCCCCCUUACCUGCAGGCCACGGGCUGCCCCCAGUCCCUCGAGACCUCAGUCAUGAGGAAUUGCUCCUUAUUUGACAAAGAAUCUCAAGUGGGGGCCAAGGGCAGAGGCUGAAGGUGGGCCCGUGCCCGGGGAUGCCCCCUCCCACACUCCAGAAGUGGCUGCUGGCUGGUGCCGAGGGAACAGGCAGGCGGGAGAGACGCAGCCAUUCCUCAGGGACAGAGAUACCCUCACCUCUACCCAGCUCCAGGCCCACACGUCCAGAGCCUGGUGGGAUCACCCUUCCUUCGCCCCACCCACGAUAAACACUGACCCAUGACCCCCACCUCGUCCUGCUGCCGGUCUGUCCUGUUCUGCCCCAGGGCAGUGUGCCAAGAUGGGGCCUUCUCCCUCUGCCUUCCCACCCUGGCCUGCCUAGGACACUCACUGCCAAGGAAGACCAAAACCAAGGUGACUAAGGUCACAGCUUCCCCUCAUCCACCUCUGCUGGCCAAAAGGCAUUUGCCUAACCCCACGGUGCCCACCUUCAUCCCAUCGCCAUGGUAACAUUCUCCCCGGAAGUAGCCGUGGUAAGAUGGGCUUUCUCCCCAUGGCGGGGGCCACUGGCCCAGAACCCAUGUGCUGAGAGGCCAAGGAGGGAAGAGAGCAGGGCCCAGGCAGUGAGGGGACAGGCAAACCCGGCCUGAGCGUAAGAGUAGAAGGUGGAGGCCACACCCGUCCUGCCGCCAAGUCCGUGGCUCCUCAGCCUGGAGCUAAGGGGUUGGCCGAGGCGGGGGCUCUCCCUCCGACAAUCCACGUGGCAGGACUGAAUGGCCCCCAGGCUUCAGAGGAUCGCGGGCACCACCCUCACCCUCACCCUGCCAGUGCCUUACCUCCCACCCCAGAGAGAGAACCGGCCGCAGGCUCCAGAGCCCCUGCGCAGCGGCCGAGGGCGCUGAAGGGGCCUGACCCUGGGAUGGCCAAGGGUGGUGACCCACAGGUCAGCCCACUGUCUGAGCCCCGCCAGCAGUCUGGAGAAGCAGGUGCUGCUCUGCUUACCAGCGGGGCCUCAUCUUUCCCACCUGGCAGGGUGGGAUGGGGGAGAGGAAUUUCCAGACCUCCAAAAGCCCAAGCCCUCCCUGCCCACCUAGUUCUGCUUCUUACACGGCUGUCCCCCAGAGAAGCAGAAGGCAGUGCUCCAGCACCCCGGAUCGGGGGACAGCGGGUUGGCCUGGUGGCUGGUCAGUGAGAGCACUUCGGGGAGGGAGUCGGGCGGGGUAGUUCCUUAUUCCCGCCCCACACCCUGACGUCAAAAGGGACCUGUGAGGCAGGGCGGGGUAGGGUCACCGAACCUCAAACUCCCCAUGUGCAGAGCAGCUCAGGAGGUGGGCACUCACGGCCCGUGUUCGCGGCUGGGCUUCUCUGGGGCGUGGGUGGCAGGCAUGCGGGAGCAGAGCAGAGAGGGCCCCUCCAGGAGCGACAGAGGGCCCUUCAGAUCAUACUCAAGUUUGGGGGACGCAGCCGCGCUUGCUGUCUCAGCCUGGAGGAGGCGGUGUCAGCAGGAUGCCCCUGUGCCUGCGCCCGCUGUUCCCUGAAGACCCCGGGAGCAAAGCAGCUUACCUCCUUGGCGGCCGCCAGUGUCUGCUGGCCAGUGUGUCUUCAUCUGACAGCCACCGUCCCUAUUGCAGAACCGUCCUUAGACUCAGUCUGAUGUCUGUUAGAUGGGAGUUGCCUUCAGGCUCCACUUGGUACCACAUUCUAAUAUAGCGGGUAGUAGGCACCACUGAUGAAGCGAUAUUUAUGGGUGAUGAGGACGUACGUACGUUGUGAAAAUUCUACACGUUAAUUACUGUUGUUGUUAUUUUACAAAUUAGGGAGAGACCCUUGGGAUUUGAUUGUAGCUGCAGAACACAUUGGUCCAGAUGUCAAGUCAGUGGUAGAAAGGGCUUGAAAAUCUCUGACCCAGUUCAAUCCCCUUGUUAAAGAAAACUGACGCUGAGGAGAAGGUGUGACUCACCCAAGCUCAUGUAACUAGUUCAAAGCAGCCCCAGGACUGGACCGGGACUUUGGACUUAGGGUCCAGUGCUGUUUUCACUACAUCAUGCUUGAGCUCAGACGCCAUGUCCCAUUCCCCUCGUGGCUGACCUCAUCCCUGGGGGAGGCCCUGGGUUUUAGACAGAGCAUGUCCAGAUCCCAGAUCCCUGCCUUGCUCCCCUGGGUUGUCACCCCACUGACCCAUCAGGAGGAGGAGAAGGGACACCUCAGCCUGUGUCUCAAUGUGAAUCACACCCCCGCCCCAGUGUGGCCUUGGCCGGAUGGGGUCUCUGCCGCAGCUCGGCGUAAUGCUGUUGCCUUAACAAUAAAGUGCAUCUGUCUUUGUACUAUCUUCACCCUCCUGGCGCUCCCCUGGACCUGCCUUCCCCAGGGAACAUGACAGGACCCACUGAGAACGCCAGUUCCUCAGCCCUGGGGCCCGUGACAGCUCAGUCCAGUCCCAAAGGGAAGUCCAGCAGCUGGGAGGAUGAGAAAAAGUGAGGUUCCCUGGGGAUGAAUUGGGAGACAAUGUUAUCAUCUUUUCUGUUUUAGAAUGAGAGAAUGUGAAGGUAGACAUUCAUAAAUCUCAACCUUUUUAAACUAUAUUAUUGGAAAGCUAGGAAAGUCUGUACCAAAAAUGCCAAAUAAACAAGAUUCUGGGAGAUAGGAAAACCCUUCUCUGGCCGACUGGAAGAAGUAGGAGAAUCUGAAUGAGGCCAACAGGGAAGCUUGGAACGUACGAUAGAUCUGGUUAAAUCUGGGAAUAAAGCAGCAAAGAAAGCUUUGAAGAGUGCCUCCUGAGUGAUUUCCAAAGAGAAAAAAAGUUUGCCAGAAAUUUGUCAAAUAAACCAAUGAAGAAAGCUCUGCUUAUGGUAAUAAAGAUGGCACAUACUUAUAUAGCACUUUGUGGCAAGUACUGCUGUAAAUAAAUGCUUUAUGCAAA